AUGACUCCUGGAGGUGGUAGUGGGCCCAUGAAAGACUGUGAAUACAGUCAGAUCAGCACACACAGCUCUUCGUCUCCCAUGGAGUCUCCCCAUAAGAAAAAGAAAUCAGCUCCCAAGAGAAAAUGGGAGGUUUUUCCUGGAAGAAACAAAUUCUUCUGCAAUGGGAGGAUCAUGAUGGCUCGACAGACUGGAGUCUUCUACCUGACUCUUGUUCUCAUCUUGGUCACCAGUGGACUCUUCUUUGCAUUUGAUUGUCCGUAUUUGUCAGAGAAGAUUACACCUGCUAUACCUGCAAUUGGUGGCAUUCUUUUCUUUUUCGUGAUGGGGACCCUGCUGCGUACUAGUUUCAGUGAUCCUGGUGUCCUCCCACGCGCAACACCAGAUGAAGCAGCAGAUCUAGAGAGACAAAUAGAUAUUGCAAAUGGCUCCAGUUCAGGAGGAUACCGCCCCCCUCCCAGAACAAAAGAAGUGAUCAUCAAUGGACAGACAGUGAAACUAAAAUACUGUUUUACUUGCAAGAUAUUCCGCCCACCUCGUGCCUCACAUUGCAGCCUUUGUGAUAACUGCGUAGAACGGUUUGAUCACCACUGUCCCUGGGUAGGCAACUGUGUGGGGAAAAGAAACUACAGAUUUUUUUAUAUGUUUAUUUUAUCUCUGUCCUUUCUGACAGUCUUUAUAUUUGCAUUCGUUAUCACCCACGUCAUCCUUCGUUCUCAACAAACGGGGUUCCUCAAUGCCCUGAAGGACAGUCCUGCAAGUGUGCUAGAAGCUGUGGUGUGUUUUUUCUCAGUAUGGUCCAUUGUUGGCCUCUCAGGUUUUCACACGUAUUUGAUCAGCUCCAAUCAAACAACAAAUGAAGAUAUUAAAGGAUCAUGGUCAAAUAAAAGGGGUAAAGAAAAUUAUAAUCCAUACAGUUAUGGCAACAUUUUUACUAAUUGCUGUGCUGCACUCUGUGGGCCCCUCUCUCCAAGCUUAAUUGACAGAAGAGGAUUUAUACAGCCAGAUACACCACAAUUAGCAGGACCAUCAAAUGGCAUUACUAUGUAUGGGGCCACACAAUCUCAGAGCAACAUGUGUGACCAGGAUCAGUGCAUUCAGAGCACUAAAUUCGUUUUGCAGGCUGCUGCCACCCCCCUACUACAGAGUGAGCCAAGCAUAACUAGUGAAGAGCUACCUUUACCAGGAAAGACUAUCAGUGGGCCUUGUGCAACGCUAACUCUAGGGCAACCAACGCCACCAUCUUCUAUGCCAAAUCUCACAUCAGAUACAGGUUUGACAGACAUGAUACCAUUAAAAGAGGAACAUGACAGUCAUCAGUUUCUCACUCCUGAAGAAGCUCCAUCACCACCUGGGAUGCUGCCAAGUGGAAGUCCUAUUACACACAGCCAUACAAUGCACGUCCUGAGUCUAGCCAGCCAGGAUUCAUUGCAUGAAGACUCAGUACGUGGUCUCGUGAAGCUUAGCUCAGUUUGAACAGCUUCUUUGAACAUUGAACCGUUUCUUGGUGUCUAUACAAACCUCUGCUCAA